UCUGUUUUUUGGAUAGACAAGAAUUUAAAUAGAGUGAAGAGGCGACCAUGCAAGUGUUGUACUAAAUUUUAGAGUCGCUCUUUCUCUUUCAUAGAGAGAGAGAGAGAGAGUUUCGAUUUCUCUGGAUUCUACGGCGGCUUCUCACUGUCGUCUAGCUGUACCACCGACGACGAUAAUCUCUCUCUAAAUCCAUUCCCUUCGAUCUCUCGGAUUGCUCUGUUUUCGUGGUCUUGCAGCUCCAUCAAUUCUCCUCCAAUCAACUUAUAUAUUUACAGAUUCGAGCGUUAAUAAUAAAAAGAUGGUGAAGCUUUUGGAGCUGUUCAUAACUUCAUCGAAACCAGUCGUGGAGAUUCUGUUGAUAACAUCUGUCGGAUUUUAUAUGGCUCUUGACGGUGUCAAUCUUCUUGGUCAAGAUGCUCGCAAAUAUUUGAACAACAUUGUCUUCUAUGUGUUUGGUCCUUCGCUUAUUGGAAGUCGUUUAGCUGAUAGUGUUACAUAUGAAAGCUUGGUCAAAAUGUGGUUUAUGCCGGUUAAUGUUCUGUUGACAUUCAUCAUUGGUUCGUUAUUAGGCUGGAUUGUUAUUGUCAUCACUAAGCCUCCUUCACAUCUUCGUGGUCUCAUUCUUGGUUGUUGUGCUGCUGGGAAUUUGGGGAAUAUGCCACUGAUUAUAAUCCCAGCCGUCUGUAAAGAAAAAGGAGGUCCCUUUGGAGAUCCAGAGAGUUGUCAGAAAUAUGGAAUGGGUUAUGUUGCUCUCUCCAUGGCAAUGGGAUCGAUAUACAUUUGGACUUACGUAUACAAUCUAAUGCGUGUGCUAUCGAACUCUCCCGUUGAAACCCCUCCCUCUGUUGAAUCUAACUAUGACAGCUACAAAGUUCCACUUAUUUCUUCUAAGGAAGAAGAAGAAGACAACCAAAAGGCUGGGAGGUGGGAAAUAGUCAAGCGGAGAUUGGUUUCACUGUCAGAGAAAGUCAACCUUAAGACAAUAUUUGCUCCAUCAAGUAUUGCUGCGAUGAUCGCGCUUGUGAUCGGGCUCAUUACUCCUUUAAGGAAGCUGAUAAUUGGCACGGAAGCUCCUCUCCGGGUUCUUCAAGAUUCAGUAACUCUAGUGGGAGAUGGGGCAGUUCCUGCUAUGACCAUGAUCAUAGGAGGAAACCUACUCAAAGGUUUGAGGAGUUCAGGAAUGAAAAUGUCCAGUAUUAUCGGUGUCUUGGUUGCACGCUACGUUUUGCUGCCUAUGAGCGGUGUUUUAAUCGUAAGAGGAGCAUAUAAGUUGGAUUUAGUUACCUCAGAACCAUUGUACCAAUUCGUUCUUCUUCUUCAGUAUGCUGUCCCACCAGCAAUGAAUCUAGGUACAAUUACACAAUUAUUCGGAACCGGGGAGAGUGAAUGCUCAGUGAUUAUGCUCUGGACUUACUCUUUGGCUUCGAUUUCACUCACUGUUUGGCCAACAUUCUUCAUGUGGCUUGUGGCUUAAACCCCCGCACUCUUUCAUGUUACAUGCAUUGUUUUGUUCUAUUUAUUCAAGAAUUGUUCUUGGACUUCCAGAUAACUGGAUCCUGUAUAAUAGAGAAUAUAUAGAAGAAAUACUAGAAAGAAACAGCAA